AUGGAGAGUCGACUCCCUGCUCCCGAGGUCCACAAAGCCGUCAACUUGUUGAUUGAUAACCUGGUGAACAUUAAAGACGAGACCGGCAAGUUCCUCCUGCACCUACCCGACGGUCGCAUCAUCGACACCAAAUCCUGGAAUGGCUGGGAGUGGACCCACGGCAUUGGCCUGUAUGGUGUAUGGCAAUACUACGAGAUGACCGGCGAUCCGAAGCUGUUGCGCAUAAUGGAGGAUUGGUUUGCUGCCCGGUUCGCCGAGGGCGGCACCACGAAGAACAUCAACACCAUGGCCGUCUUCCUGACGUUGGCAUAUUUGUACGAGAAAACUGGAAACAUCACCUACUUGCCAUGGUUGGACGCCUGGGCUGAAUGGGCGAUGUAUGAGCUGCCUCGCACUCGGUAUGACGGCAUGCAACACAUGACCUAUCUCACCGAAAACUACCAGCAGCUAUGGGACGAUACUUUGAUGAUGACCGUGAUGCCGCUGGCCAAGAUUGGAAAGCUUCUCAACCGCCCGGAAUAUAUUGAUGAGGCCAAAAAGCAAUUCCUAACACACAUCAAGUACCUGUUCGAUACCCGCACAGGUCUCUUCUUUCAUGGUUGGACCUUCGAAGACGGCGGGCAUAACUUUGCGAACGCUCGUUGGGCUCGCGGCAACAGCUGGGUCACUAUCGUGAUCCCUGAGUUCAUCGAUCUGCUAGAUCUGAAGCCGAACGACCCGAUCCGGCUGCACCUCAUUGACACACUGGAGGCACAGUGUCAGGCGCUCAAGCGUCUUCAGGCAGAAUCGGGCGCUUGGCACACUCUUCUCGAUCACCCCGAUUCCUACUUGGAGGCAUCUGCUACGGCUGGAUUUGCAUAUGGUAUCCUCAAGGCGGUGCGCAAAAGGUAUAUCGGCGCUCAUUAUCGGCCUGUUGCCGAGAAGGCUAUCGCGUCCGUGCUAAAGGAUGUGGAUGAGAAAGGCGAACUGCGCAAUACUAGCUUCGGAACUGGGAUGGGCGACUCGCUCGAGUUCUACAAGCAGAUCCCGUUGACGGCGAUGCCGUACGGGCAGGCGAUGGCUAUAAUGGCACUGGGAGAGUACUUGCGGACGUACUUGUAG